UUAGGCGAUUUCGGGGACGCGCUGGCGCCGCUGUUUGCCGUGUUCGACGACUGCUCCGACGACGAGAUCACCGCCUGCUUCUCGACGUUGGCCUUGACCUCGGCGCUGGAGAAGCCGGCCUCGCGCAAGACGCGGCUGACGCCGGGGUCGUCGAGGAUGUAGAUGACGAGCUGCUCGACGCAGUUUUUCCGGUUGAAGAGAGGACGGUGUCAAAGCGAUUCUUCAGAUCAAAUCUACACAAGGGAUAUAUGGAAGAGCCAGGACAAAUCGGGAUGGCAGAGGCUAGCAGGGAUGGUGAACCGGGCGGUCAUGAGGUUAUUGUGAACUCGACGUUGGAAGAGGGAUCAUGUACAUGGAAAAUAAGUAGGAGGGCAAUAAGUGGUCCAGAUGCGAGAAUUGCACCCUGGGAAGAAAGUGCAGUUAGCAAAGCAUUGCGAGCAGGUGAAGGGAGAAGUAACAAAUCCGUGUUUGAGCCAGUUGUAGGAACCAGUUUUAACAGUUGUGAGGAGGCCAAGGACUUCUACAACUUGUAUUCCUGGGAGAUUGGUUUUGGGGUUCGGUAUGGAAGGAGCAGGAAAAAUUCAAACAAGUAUCGGACAAGGCAAGAUAUUGUUUGCUCAUGUCAGGGGCAAAGCACGGCAGGGAGCACAAGAACAUGUCGCAGAGGGUGUCCGGCAAUGAUAAGGCUGCUAAGGACUCAUGAUCAUGGUUGGUAUAUCAGCAGAGUUGUUAAGGAACAUAAUCACGACUUGUCUGAUAGUUAUGCUGAAAAUAAGCAGUGGAAUUCUCAUAACCAAAUAGAUGCAUUGACAAAGGAUUUCAUUAGGAAACUAAGGAAUAACAAUUUAAGCAUAGGGCGCGUGUGCUCUCUUGUUGGUGCUGGUGGGAAUGUUGAUGCAGUGCCAUUAAGAAAAGAAACAGUUAGGAAUGUGUGUGCUAAGCUGUCACAGGAAAAUAUGAGAAAUGAUUUGGGCAAGACAAUUGAGCUUCUGCAGCAGAUGAAGGAUGCAGACCCAGGAAUGUCAGUAAAAUUCAGAGUUGAUACAGAUGGGAGGCUUCAGUCAAUGUUAUGGUGCACGGGGAAGAACAAAAGUGACUAUGAGCAGUUUGGAGAUGCCAUAACAUUUGACACCACGUACAGGACAAAUCUUUAUAAAAUGCCGUUUGGUUUGUUUGUAGGAGUGAACAAUCAUUUUCAAUCUGUUAUAUUUGGAGGAGUUCUAUUGACUACAGCAAUUAGAAUUUACGCAGACGUCCCCUACAAAUAAGGCCAUAAUGUUAAAAUGCCACCAUUUUGCCUUUGUACUCAUAUG